AUGUGUUUAGGCGGGCAUCUGAUUGGAAGCGGGAGCUUGGGGACCAGUCCCGAGGCUGCGUGUGCACAGCAGGACGGUUUCUACUCAGACUCGGGAGGCAAUGAUGGCACCGACGGGUGCUCCAGCCGCGGUCCCCAGGCCCCCGGGCGCCGCCAGCGCCUCUCCCUUCCACACUCUCCGCUUGAGGCUGGGCGUCAGAGUCGCGCCUUUCUACCUGGAAGAGCACUGGGGCCCAAAGCUGCGUGCCUGAGCCCCAAGGAGCGCUUCAUCAACAGGUCGGGAGUCAGCGCGGCGGGGAAGCCCAGCACACGGCCCCCGGCCGCAUCCCGCUCGGCUCCAAGGUCGGCGCCUGGAGCCGGGGCUGGGCGGGGGGAGCGGGCCGCACCGAGCGGGGCUGCGGGCGCCUGGGCGACGGGCACGGCCCCGGGCAGCCGCGGGCUCCGGAGGCGCCUCCUCAAGCUCUGGAACCCGAAGACUCCGCGGGCGACGGCGGCUCUAGCGGCCUCUGGAUGCGGACGUGGCGCCGGACGCGACCCGCCCCCUCCGCCGCCUCCUCCGCUCCCGCCUCCUCCCGCGCCUCGGCUCCGACGCGCACGCGCGCCCCAGGCCCCUCCCGCGCCCACCCGGCACACGCCCACCCGCGUCUCGGGCCGCCCCGCCCCCCCAGCGGCCCCCCGCCGGCCGCCUCUGAGCGUGCGCACGCGCGGCGCCCCCGCGACCGGCUCCCGGCUCCCGCGCCCCGCGCCCCGCCCCCCGCCCUCCGGGAGCCUCCGCGGGCGCCCCGGGCCCGCCUGCGCGCGCGCCUGGGCCUGGGCCGCCCGCCCCUUCCCGGCGCCGUCCAAUCCGCUCGGCCGGGGGGCGCCGAGCCGCGGGAACGCGCCGGCCGCGGCCCUCAGGCCUCCAGCCUCGGCCCCGCGGCUUCGCGAAGCUCUGGUUCCGCCGCGAGUAACGGUCGGUCGGAACUCAGAACCUUUGCCCUGCGGGGGGGUGGACGGUCGCCAGUCUGUGGGGCCCUUCCGUGGCCCGGGGGCUUCAGAACCUUCUCCCCUCCCCUGCUGCCCCUCGGGGGAGAGGCGGGCUGGGCCUUCGCGGCGACGCCGCCCGCUUACGCCUGUGGUCGUUACUGUACAGCUGCCCUGCCCCGGCCCCGGCCCCGGCCCCGGCGGGAGAACCGCUGGGUUGGUGGCCGCCCGGCGCCCCGCAGGGCUCGGGGCUCGGGGCUCGGGGCUCGCCAGGCACUCGAAAUGGGCCCGGGAGAGUGGGCUUGGUAGUAGGACUCAGGAGAGGCGGGAGCGAGACACCUGGCGCGGCGCCCCUCCCUCGGCUCCUGCUGACCCGCUGCCCGCCGUGGCGGAGGCUCUGCCCGCGGUUCCGGACGGUGUGGACAAGCGAGCCGUGCGGGGAGGAUGCUGCGUGCACCUGAGCCCUGUGCAGGAGGAGGACUGUAAGCCCAUCACAGGUUUGUCUUUGAAUCAAGAGAUGGUGGGUGUGAAAGGGCUUUCCAAAAAGGUGAAUUCCUAUACAAGUGUGAGAUCUUCCUUCACGGUCCAGGCAGCAAGACAAAACAUGCGAAGCGCAGACAAGGACACGCUAACCGGGGAGAGCAUCCCUGAAGAAGCUAACUUUGAUCCACGUCAUAAAUGUCAUGAUCUCAUGAUGGAGCCCACCUCUGGUUCUGCACUGGUUCUGAAGCCUGCUUAGAAUUCUUUCUCUCCCUCUAUGUCCUUCCCCCGCCCCUCUAAAAAUAAAUAAAUAAAUAAAAUAUAACAUGAUUUGGAUGAUUA